AUUGUUUUUCAGUGAUUCUUAAUUAGAUUAGCUCAAUAUGGCUCCUAAUUAUAAUAUCGCUACUCGUGCACUUGUUGUUACUCUUAAAUCCGUUGCAGGAAAGUCAAAUAGUAAGGUCUGUUACCUUACAGGCCUUCCUGAGUCUACUAUUCGAAGUAUAUAUGCUAAAGCUAUCAAGAGAGGAUUUAAAUACAACGCCUCACAACCUAUUACUAUCUGUAACGCUCACCUUGAAGAUGCUCCUCGCUCGGGACGCCCUACUAAAGAAACCGAGGCUGUACGUCAAUCUAUUACCCAGAAACUCGUACGCGAUCGAUAUGGAAGAGAGAAGAGCUGUGCUGAUCUCGCUGGCGAACUUAGUCAAGAGGGAGUUAAUAUCUCUGCUACAACAGUGCGCCAGAUACUCAAGAAGGCAGGCUACAAGAAGACGAAGCCGACGAGGAAGCCUGGGUUGACCAAGAAGAUAAGGGAGGAGAGACUAGCCUAGUGCAAGGAGCGAGAGAAGUGGACUCUUGAGGAUUAGAAGAAUGUUAUAUGGACAGAUGAGACCUCUGUAGUCCUUAAUCACCGCCG